AUGGAGACCGGCGAGACCGGCCCACCCCCACCAUCGGCGUCCGCGGCGACGAGCGUCCCGAUUGGGACAAAGGAGACGCAAGUCCCUAUCGCCGCCGCGACCUACGCCACCGCCGUGAUUCAAAAGACCAAGCAGACUCCCGAGCAGCAGACCCAACAACAACACCGUGCCAAGGCUUUGACCCAAAUGUUCGAAGUCAUGGGUGCUGUACCGGGCAAUCACACCGACCGGUGGUUGCAAGCCACCUUCGCCACCGACGAGUACCCUGUCGCUACCGCUACAUCGCUCAAGUAUUCGGCUCUCAACGCCAAUCAAUCCAUUUGAAACAUCUUCGACUUUGCUCUCGACGUCACUUUGACCGUCCAAGGCACCUCGAAGGCCUCUCCCGCGGACAAGGCCGAUCUGCUCGGUUGCGUCACGAGACUGCUCUCCCCGCAAUCGCCCCUGUGCUUCGACGCCGAGGUCACCCUUCCCGAGCACCUUGCGGCAUUUGCGCCCCAGAUUAGGGGUAUCCAACACUCGUCUUUCGUCAGGGCCGGUGUGGUCAACCACCGUAUCUCCGUGGGAUUCGUUUCGGCGAAGGCACGUGACUCGGCGCUUACGGCCCCACUGGCGCUUACUUGGCACUCUGCAAAGGCUCACUUCGCAAAGGCCCACCACUUCUACCACAACAUGGUCGAGCUGCGUAUCAACGUCGGUGUCGCAGCGGUCCCAUCCAGGGAUGCCAUUGUUGACUCUUUUAAAUCAAUUGUCACCAAAAUCACAGCCAAGGGACACCGUUGCGAGCUGGUACAAGUCUUGCGCGUGAUCAACGUCGAUAACGACUCGGCCUAUGCGCACUUGGCCGGCGAGUUUUCGGCCUUUAUCCGCUUCGACGACGACGCCCUUUUCAAAGCCCCUAACAACACGCUGAAGGAGCUCCUACCGUCGAAGGUCUCUCUAGCCACUAGAGGCAACAUGCAUACGGCGGUUCGUCACGACUACGAACGAGAAGCGGCCUGUGCUCGGUGCCACUUUGUGGGGCAUGUGGAGACCUGCGCGCUGGAACAGGAGAGGAGGCAGAAGGAAGCGAACAACAACACCGGAAGGCACAACAAGUACCACAACAACCCAACCAACACCAACAACAACACUUCCGAGGUUGUGGCCCCUAGCCGCGCCCUCGGAACUGACCAACUCGAAUCGCGGAACCGAUUUGCGGGGCUCGAGGUCGAAGGAGGACAGUGUUAA